UUGUUGCGAGGUGGCAAGAUGGCAGCGUGCUGCUCUGUCACAGGAGGAAAAGGAAUAGGGGUAGAGUAAAUCCCGAAGAGUUUAUCCUCGAAGGCGGGGUGGCCGGCCGCUGUAUGGUCGGGGCACGGCCUGGCUUCGUCCGAGUUGCUGUCGUGCCCGGCCUUGGGAUAGAAAAGCGAUGAGGUGAUGGGAAUAUGGCGAGCGACGGGGGUAGGAAGCAGUUCUGGAAGCGGAACGUCUCCCGAGUGCCGGGCAGUAUUCAACAUGUAUAUGGAGCUCAGCAUCCCCCUUUCGACCCACUUCUUCAUGGAACCUUAAAACCUGGAGCAAAGCAACCAUCAACUCCAGUAAAAUUGAAGAAAGUCAGCACAUUUCAAGAAUUUGAAAGCAACACAAGUGAUGCCUGGGAUGUUGGGGAUGACGAUGAUGAACUCCUUGCAAUGGCUACAGAAAGCCUUAAUACUGAUGUAGUCAUGGAAACAGCUAACAAAGUAAUUCAGAAUCACAGUAAAUUACAAGAACAGCACAAAUUGCAGGAAGUACAGGUGGAAAGAGAACAACUACAACAACUCUCAGACCUUCCCCCGACUGCUUGUGGUGACAACAGAUUGGUCAAGUCUGUCAGUGAAAGCAACACAUCAAGUUCUGCAGAUAGUGCUAAUGAAAAUGCUUCUGUGCCAAGAUCUCAAUCCCUUCCACAAACCUCAACAGUAGCUUUGGCGGGUGGAAUGACAGACCACAGUACCUCAGGUCUUCCUGUACUAUCUGAAAGAGAAGCAUCACGAUUAGAUAAAUUCAAGCAGCUUCUUGCUGGCCCAAAUACAAAUCUUGAAGAAUUGCGGAGGUUGAGCUGGUCAGGAAUCCCAAAACUAGUACGGCCAAUUACAUGGAAGCUUCUUUCAGGCUAUCUCCCUGCAAAUGUAGAUCGGAGAGAAGGCACUUUACAAAGGAAGCGGAAAGAAUAUUUUGCUUUUGUUGAACAAUAUUACGAUUCAAGAAAUGAAGAAACUCAUCAGGAUACAUAUAGACAGAUUCAUAUAGAUAUUCCCCGUAUGAGUCCAGAAGCUUUAAUUCUUCAACCCAAAGUAACAGAGAUCUUUGAAAGAAUUUUGUUUAUUUGGGCAAUACGUCACCCAGCCAGUGGAUAUGUUCAGGGCAUUAAUGAUCUUGUUACUCCUUUUUUUGUUGUCUUCACUUGUGAGUAUACAGAAGAAGAGGUGGAAAAUUUUGAUGUUUCCAGUCUGCCUGCUGAAGUACUGCAGAACAUUGAAGCUGACAGUUUCUGGUGUAUGAGCAAACUGCUUGAUGGCAUUCAGGAUAACUACACCUUUGCCCAGCCAGGUAUUCAAAAGAAAGUGAAAAUGCUGGAAGAACUUGUGAGCCGGAUUGAUGAACAAGUACACAGACAUUUGGAACAACAUGAAGUAAAAUACCUUCAAUUUGCUUUUCGUUGGAUGAAUAACUUGUUGAUGCGAGAAGUUCCCCUGCAGUGCACCAUAAGGCUUUGGGACACAUACCAGUCUGAACCAGAGGGGUUUUCUCACUUCCACUUAUAUGUCUGUGCUGCCUUCUUAGUCAGAUGGAAGAAGGAGAUUCUAGAGGAAAAAGAUUUCCAAGAACUCCUUAUCUUUUUACAGAACUUACCCACAAUGCACUGGGGAAAUGAGGAGAUCAGUGUUCUCCUGGCAGAAGCUUACAGACUGAAGUUUGCAUUUGCAGACGCUCCCAAUCAUUACAAGAGAUGAAAGAACAAGAAAACGCACACCAUCAAUCAGCUUGUUGUGGAAUAGUAUCAUUUUCAUUAUUCUGGCCAUAUUUAUGCAAAGUUUAGCAUUAUGGUUUGGAAAAAGGCUAUGAGAUCAGUGGAUUACCAAAGAAACGGGCAACACAAGCUGUUGAGAAGACUCUGUUGGCUUGAAUGUCUGCAUUCUUGUUUAGUCCCCAUAGAAAAGAUGCAAAUCCAAUUUUAUUUUCAUUAUGCUCCCCUUUUUCAUUUAAUAAUUGAAUUAUUGUGUGAAUGAAGGAAGUGCUUUAUGUUCAUUGGUAUCUAAUGACUGAUUGUCUUGUCUCCAAGAGUUUUGUUCCCAGUCGAUUAUGUUCAUUAUUUUCAUGGAAAUAUUUCCGGUGUCUGGUGUGCUUGGGAGCUAACAGGAAUAAUCAGUCUUGCACUGAAAAUGAGAACAAGUGAAUUGGGUAGUAAGGUCACAUAGGGGUUGUAUGGGCUUGUUUUUCUUUUGUUUUGAAACAGAAAAUAUUUAAAUAUCUUUAGUGUUAUGCUUGUUUACAGAAUGAAACCCAGUAACAUAGAUUUUAAUGGAACACACCAUCUCGAAGUUAAAUGAACACAAGAUAUCCACACAUGCUAAAACACUGUGAUGCACAGAUAGUGUUCAUUAAAAUAUUUCAUUUUACUUUCUGAAAUAUGUUGACUAUAAAAGAGAUUUCUUCUCCCAUAUCUAUAUCUUUAUAAUUUAAUGCUUUGAAAACUAUCAUUCUUUUUCAGUAUGUAGACUUUUCCCCCUAGUCCAAGGCUUAGUUUACCACGAAGAAUAUGUUUUAAUUUGUUUUUGCCUUAUCUUGAUUUUCUAACAUGAUAGGAGUACUUGACAGAUAAAUAAGGUAUUCAUCUUAUUCUCACCUCCACCAAAGAUGGGCUGAUCUGAGUAUGGAAAAGAAGCAUUGGAGGAGUCAGUUACUUGAUGGCCAACAGCCAGCAUGCCACUUGCCCUCUGGAUUAUAAAUUUUGAUUGAUUGUGAAGCAGUGUUGAAAUCCUGGAUUGAUGAUGACUCCACAGUUCUAUAGUCUGUUGUCCUUGUGGACUGGUAAAGAUUUCUCAGGUCUAGUCUGCUGACCUCACCGAUAAUGUUGCCUGAUUCAUUAACUACAUUGACAUUUAUCUUUAAAGAAAGAAUAUGUUGCAGGAAUUCAUGUAUAUAAAAUAGAGAGACAUUUUGCUCAAACUAAUUUGAGAAGUUUAUCACAUUUUUAAAUUAGCCAUUCGAACAAACUAUUAUUUUUGUGACUUGAAGUUACAGUACAGUACUUUACAACAAAAGGUUCUAGCAGGUGUUAAUACUCAUUAGCAUAAUGGCCAAUUUAUGUAAAUAGUAGAAUUGAGUAGUAAAAGGGUUUCGCCAUGUAAAAAUCUUGUACGUAUGGGAAUCUAUCAUGCUGCUGAGGAGGGUAUCUCAUAAUUUUCUUCCUGGUAGAUGUUUCUGUAAGAAGGCUUGCAGCACCCGCUGAUGCAACCAUGGAUCUACUGAAGCAAGGAUGAUAUAUGAUAGAUUUUGAGGACCAGGAAUAGUGGGAAUUCAUUAACAUCUGGGAAGGCUGCAGGUCUCCAUCCUGACCGGUGAAAAACUUUUUAUCUCUUAAGUCUACAGGUUGGAUCAGUGUGGCCAUUGGCUAAUCUAUAAUGUGUAAAUGGAACAAAAUAAUUUCAAGAGCUCUUCCAAUGUGCCUUUUUGUUCUUUUUUGUUUCUUUUUCCUCUUUUUAAUGCCUUUUUAGCUAAUACAUACCUAAUGCUGCUUGCCAUAUAUAGAGAUACCUGAAUGUAUGAAAACUACAGGCAGUGGAGCUGUUUAUGUGCUCCCCCUUCUACUAGAGUGACUUGGGAAGAUCAGCAUAAAAAUCUGAUAGGUGCAUUUCCCUAAAAGGCUGCAAAAAUUUCUGAAGGGUUCUUUUCUUUAAGGUAUUGUUACCAGCAGAUUAUUUACAAGUGUCUUUCUAUUUAGCCAUGCAUUUGGAUUGGAUUGGGACUGUAACCAAGAAACAUGGUCUCCUUCCGGUUUGAAGCCCUUGUUUACCAUCACAUGGCUGCAUAAUAGCUUUAUUAAAAUCCAAUUGUUCUCUUCCUUUGAUGACAAACAAGAUGCCCCCCUUAAUGGAGGCAAGAUUCGAGAUUGUGGAUGGACUGUAAAGAUGGUCUGGUGGGGUUCCGUUUCCUAGGAUAUCUCAGUGUGCCAUUACAUGAAGGGGAGGAUACUUGUUUUUGCUGUCCUUGUCUUCUGUGCAGUGGAAGUCCAGGGCCAAUAUAGUGCUACCAGGCAUGGCUACAUGAUUUCAACUUCUCCUGAGGUUAUUAACUAAUAAUAAUAUAGAGGAGAAAUUUGAUUCUGUAGCAUGAUUCGCUAUGUCUGCAGUUCUUAGAGUAUGUGUCUUACUCCAGUUUUAAAUUGUUUCUAAAUUUAAGCUCAGUACAGUACAUGAUUUCUUAGUAACAGUUAUUUCUUAUGAUUACAAAGCAUCAUAAUGUGUCUAAAAUUUAUUCCAUUGACAGAACAUAAUCUGAAAAAUAAAAUGCAUGAUGCCUACUAAUUAGAGUGAAUGUUUUAUUUAACAAUUGAGAAGGAAAAGUAAAUUGCAGCAUUCAGAGAUUAGGAUUUUU